AUGGAGUCAACCACAGACAUCGUCAAGCAUGUCCUACCAGCUCUCUCCAGGAGUAACAGUACUUCUCCCACCACCACUUCUAAGGCCACCACACCGAAAGGCAGUCCAAAUGUUAAGCUUGUCGACAUCCCCACCAUUAAGCCAAAUUUUGAGUUGGAGCCCCCCAAAGAGACUGAAGUCAAUACCGGAUUCAAGAGUACCACGCAAGCUCCAGCAACCAACUCCCUCCACAUCAGACCUAAACUUCCACAUGCCAACACAGACACCCAAUUCGAGGUCGUCAAGGAGGUUCAGAGAGUAGAGCGGAGAUGGAGAGGAAUGUAUGAUCGAAAUCGGGCUGCCAAUCCAGGCGCUAUUCGAGUAUUGGAAAAGUGA